AUCGCGAUAUUAUGCCACUUCUGGUGGCCGGGGAGAAGGCGGAAGGACGCUCCUGAGAACCCGGUACCUGGCUGGGUCCUAGCUCGCUUAGUGAUAUAUUCCAGCAGAAUCAGUAGGAGGUGGUGGACUGGCACAGCAGAGGCAGCAGGAAGCUGCCGGCAAGGAUCCUAAGAGCUGAGAGUCACUGAUGGUGACAGAUUUAAUUCUGGAGCAGAGCCUCAGUCAUUUGUACCAGCCAGACGCCGGGGAGUGAGAGCAGAACUAAGUCCAGAGCCUGGUCAGGUCCAAGGACACGUGUCAGAGGAGCAGAAGGUGGGGCCUAAGCCCAAUCAAGAAGCAAAGGAGAAGCAAGCCCUGGAGACAGAGUUGGAGGAGGAUGUCUGAUUUGGUUUUGUGUGAACCAAUAGAGCUUUACAACAUCUUGAAUCAGGUCACAAAUCUGUCCAGAUUAACUGAACCCAACUAUCUCUGUUUAUUGGAUGUUCGUUCCAAACAGGACUAUGAUGAGAGCCAUGUGAUUACAGCCCACCGAGUGAAGAAGAGGGGGAAUGAAUAUCUUAUCCCGCAGUCUGUGGAUCUGGAGUGUGUGAAAUACUGUGUGGUGUAUGAUAACAACACCUGGUCCCUGAAGAUACACUUAAAAGAUGACAACAAUACAGACUCUGAUGAUUCUGGCCAAGAACUGGUGCCAGGAGCCGCCCUUGAAUGUGGCAGGAUCCUGACCCACCUUACCCGCCACCCCGUCUGUAUCCUGAAAGGGGGCUAUGAGCGUUUCUCGGCCAUGUAUCACUUCUUCCGGACCCAGAAGAUCAUCUGGAUGCCCCAGGAACUGGAUGCAUUUCAGCCAUACCCUGUUGAAAUAAUUCCGGGCAGGGUCUUCCUGGGAAAUUUCAUUCAAGCCUGUGACCCUAAAAUUCAGAAGGAUUUGAAAAUCAAAGCACAUGUCAAUGUCUCCAUGGAGGCGGGGCCCUUAUACCUCCUCCAUUGCGAAGCUCUGCCCAGCUCCCCUGACUUCUCUCUGACCCACCUCCCCAGUAUUAUGUGCAGUUUUGUAGGGGACCCUGACAGGCUUCUGCACAUUCAGAUAGAAGAUUCCUCGGAAGCCAGGAUUUCCCCCUUUUUACGCCACCUCUGUCACUUCAUUGAAAUUCACCUUGAGCUUGACUCUGUCAUUUUGGUCUUUUCCACUCGGGGUAUCAGUCGCAGCUGUGCAGCCAUCGUGGCCUACCUCAUGCACCAGAAUGAGCAGACCUUGAAGAGGUCCUGGACCUAUGUCAAGAAGUGUAAGAACAACAUGAGUCCAAAUCGGGGCUUGGUGACUCAGCUGUCUGAAUGGGAGAAGACUAUCCUUGGAAAUUCCGUCACAGACAUCUUGGAUCUGCCCUACUGAUCUUCUCUGCAGCCCAGUGAUGUGUGCUGAAGAACUCCACUUGGGGGCUUCUUGUGGGUAGAUGGCUAGAGUGUGUACCCAGGUUGUCUGGAAGGAGAAGGCCUUUGCUGCCUGAAGCUU